UUUAUUCCCUAUUUAAUGACCGGAUUGCAACAUGCAUUACAAGAUAUUGGAGUUAAGAAUAUAGGUCAGUUAUGGGAAAAUGCUGAAUCUGGUAAAUUAAGAUUUGAAUUGAGAACCGUUGCUGCACAAGUCGAAGUCACAAUUAAAUUAAUCGUGUUUGAUCGACGAAUCGAUCUUUUUGGAUGGAUAACUUCUGAUGGCAAAGCUUAUGCUGUACAGUUUAAUGAAAAUGAUACAUCUGCAGAAAAAGUUGUCAAGACUCCAACGUUAUAUUGGACUGGAUAUUGCUUCCACGCAAGUGAUGAUCUUGAAACCGUUCCGAAGAAUCGUGCUACUUGUAUAGCUAUUAAUGCAAAAUUUUCCUUAAUUGCUGUUGGAACUGAAGGGUUAGUCUAUUUAAUAGAUAUAUAUGUAUUAGCAAAGAAAAGAUGCCUUGGUUCCGUGACAUCACUUGCUUGGACUUCUGAUGGUUAUGCCAUUGCUGUGGGGUGGCAAAAUGAAGGAAUGGCCGUUUGGAGUGUUUACGGUCGACUGUUGAUGACAACUGUCAGAGAUGAUUUACCGCAAUCGAUGUAUGUAUAG